ACCGUUCCACUCCCCGCGUCCCACCAACCCAGUCCAUUCCCCCAGCGGCCCGCCCACCCCACUCCACUCCACUCCACACCGCAGCUCCUCCCAUUCACUCACUCGAGCCAUCAUGGCCCUCGCCUCCCGCGCCGCCGCCAUGGCGUGCGUCCUCCUGGCGCUCGCCGCCUCCGCCGCGGGGGCGGGCUCCCACUCCCCUGCCCCGGCGCCCGCGGUGGACUGCGUCACCCAGGCCACCACCCUCAUCGACUGCCUCGACUACGUCCAGCCGGGGAGCACCGCAAAGCGGCCGUCCGCUGCCUGCUGUGCGGAGGUCAAGACCGCCGUGGCCAGCCCCGCCAUCGUGGGCUGCCUCUGCUCCCUCGCCGGCAACAAGGACCUGGGCAUUCCCAUCGACAUGAAGCGCGUCCUGGCGCUCCCCGGCGCGUGCGGCGCGUCCAACGCCGCCUUCAGCAAGUGCAACAUUUCCGCGCUUUCCCCAGCAGGAGCACCUGCACCAUCAUCCACCGCUGGGGGAUCGUCGAGUGGCGGGGCGGCCGCAUCACCACCCAAAGCCGCGGCAGCCAGUUCUCCAAUGACGGCGACCGCUCUGGUGGCUGCCGUGGCGGCUCCCCUGCUCGCCUACUUCUACCUCUUCUGAGGAUCUCUGUUGCCUGCCUCGCAUGCUAUGCCGCCGUCCAGGCUGUGGCUGAGUGACUAUGUAUUAUGACGAUUAAUUUACCUUUGUGGAGCUGCUAGUUACCCUGUUCUUGAGAUUGUUGGUGAUUGAGGUGGUGGUGUUCUAUAUUUAGCAGACUCAUCGUGCUUCUAUGGAUCCGUUUAUCGGUUUUGGGUC